AAUCGAAGACGAUUUCACGUCCGACAAGCAAAAAUGGUCGUUAACGAAUUUACAAGUGUCAAAAGACAUUUUUACAAGUAUUUACAUAUUUAAAUCUAAUUUUUUUUUUUUCAAUUAAUAUUCAAAAAUAAAAAUCAUGUCAAUUACAUUUUUAAAAAAAUAUCGUGUUAUUGAAAAAAUUGGCGAGGGUACAUUUUCCGAGGUGCUAAAAUGUCAAAAUAAAACAACCGGAGUUUUCUAUGCUGGAAAAAAAUUAAAAAGAGUUUAUGAAUCCAUUAAUGAAAUCACUGAUAGUCCAGAGGUGAUUGCAAUGAAAAAAAUAAGUCGUCAUCCAAAUAUUCUUUACAUGAUUGAGUACCAUCAUGAUCCAUUACCAGGAAAAUUAACUUUAAUAUUCGAGCUGAUGGAAAUGAGUUUGUAUGAUUUAAUAAGAAACAGAAAAGGAUUGAAAAUAACAGAGCAACGAGUUAGACUGUACAUUUAUCAACUCUUGAAAGGUCUGGAUCAUUUACACAAGCAUGGUAUUUUUCAUCGCGACAUAAAGCCUGAAAAUAUAUUAGUAAAGGGUGUUGUAGUUAAACUUGCUGAUCUUGGAUCGGUAAGAGGAAUUUACAGUAGACCACCUUAUACUGAAUAUAUAUCAACAAGAUGGUACAGAUCACCAGAGUGUCUAUUAACAACUGGCUAUUAUGGACCAAAAAUGGACAUAUGGGCAUUGGGUUGUGUUUAUUAUGAACUUCUUGAAUUGAAACCUUUAUUUCCUGGGACUGAUGAGAUUGAUCAAAUAUUUAAAAUUCAUAAUGUACUUGGUUCACCUCAUCCACGACUUAUUACAAGACUUAGACGACAAUCAAGAAACUUUGAAUGUGCAUUUCCAAUUAAAUCUGGUUGUGGUAUAGCAAGUCUUGUUUCAACACUCAGUGAUUAUGGAAAAGAUUUGAUGAAACUUAUGCUCACUUAUGAUCCUGAUAACAGGUGUAGUGCCAAGAGACUUUUGGAACAUCGUAGCUUUUAUGAAUUGAGAGAAAAUGAUUUGGAAAGAAUGCAAAUAAAUUCACGACAAACAAAUCCAACACCAGAAGCAUCUCAAUGGCGAAAUCCAGUUCUUUUGAGUUAUAUGACAUCGGAAAAACGUCGUGGAUCUAGAUCUUUGAGUACAAGAAAACCAAAACAUAAUGAUGAUGAUGUAUUAAAAGUUCCAAAGAUUGUUGAAUCAACACCAAAUGCAAGAGCAAAAUUAAAUUCUUCAAGUAUUAAAAUAAAUGACAAUAGAAAUGUUGAUAAAUCAUGGCGUAGAAAUUCGUACUCAAUGAAAAAUGAUAGACUUGGUGAAUCACCAAGAUCAAUGUGUAAUUUUAAUACAAAAUUGCCAGUUAUUAAAUACAACAGCUUGAAUAAAAAUUCAGAUAUAACUACAGCUAUGAAUAAACGAGGAAUAUCUAAAAAAAUGUCAGAACCAUAUUUAUCACAAUUUAGUUUACGAGAAAAAAAUAAUUUUUAUCCUAAUUUUAUGACUAAAAAAAUAUCUGAAGCUUCAUCAAAAUACUCAUUUCUUCCUGAAUUAAUUAACAAACCAAGACGACCAGUACCAAGUGCUCCAUUAACUUCAUCCUCAUUUCAACAAAUAAAUAAUACAAAUGAGACAAAAAAAAAAACAAAACUAUCGACAAUUAAUGAAACUAAAAGAUCAAUAAUUCAUAGAGCAUCACCAAAUUUAUCAAGUCCAGCUAAAAAAAUUCCAAAGCAUGAAAGUCUUUCAAGUUUUUCCAGCAAAAAAUUAUCAAUUUUUUCAUCAAAAAGAAUCUAAUUAAAUAAAUUAAUAAUUCAAUGAAAAACAAAAUUAAAAUUGGGUAAUUAAAAAAAGAAAAUUAAUAAUAAUUAUUAACAUUUUAUAUUUAUUAAAAAAAAGUUGGAAAAAUUGAAAAAAAUAAUUUACUGUUAACAGUGCAUAAGCAAUAUAUGAAUUUAAACAAAAAAGAAAAGGUAAUAUAUAUUUUUUUUAUUUUAAUCAUACAAGCUAACU